AUGGCCCCCUGUCGCCCUACGCGAGCUUCAAAAGCCAAGCCCACUGACAACAGAUCAUCGCGGGCAGGCAAAGAGAAACGAAGCAAGCCCAAGCCUCGUAAAAAGCGCACCAAGGACAAAGACCUCUAUGAAGAGCUAAGAAACAAGGCUCUUCGAGACUAUGUCCAACUCCCAAACGGUUUGAACCUUGAGCUACCCGAGGAAGAAGAUUUUGUCGGCAUAUCGAAGCUUCCCAAGAAAAAAUAUUACUCGAGCAUUGCCAAAGCGCGAAAAGAAUUGAACAAAGAUAAGAAACGAGAACCGCCGGUAUCACUCAAAGCUUCUGAGCCUCAAGUCCCCGACCCUUAUGACGACAAGCCCCAGCUGUCUUAUUUGAAGCGAGGAAGAAACCAGGAGCAGGAAGAAGAGGAACAAGAAGACCAGGAACAAGAACCAAACGAGGAGCCUGAAAGAGACUAUGAGCCAUUCAGGUUCGGUCGAAAGCGGGCGCGCAAGGCGCCUCCUCCUCCUCCUCCUCCGGAACCCGUUAUACAGAAGACACCAGCUACUUUCAUGGGCAUACCACGAGAGAUUCGGAUGGAGAUUUACCGCCACUUACUCACUACCGCAAAGCCAAUCCCCGUCCACGGAGGUUGGAAACAAGUCUACUGGACGAAAGACUUGCAGAUAUCGACUGCCAUCCUUAGGGCGUGCAAGAUUGUGCACGAAGAGGCGAGUGUGGUGCUCUACGGAGCGAAUACUUUCUUGUACCGCCUCCGCGACGCAAACUUCAACGGGGAUUACAUCGAUAAUCUAGCGAUGGACGACGAACUGAUCGGGCGUGAUGAAGACGAGAGCGAGUCUGAGUACGAGGACGAUCUUGAGCAGGAUGAGGACGACGAAGAUGGCCCUGUCGGCCCCGAUAUGGAGUGCAGCAUAAACAUUGAAAGAUAUGCGCAUCUAUUCCGACACAUCACCAUCGAGGCCGAAGCAAACCGCUAUUCAGCGAUUACCCAAGACAGCAUGGUCGCUGCGAUGAAUGUCUUCCGCAAACCAGAUCAAGGCGGACCAGCCGAGAUAUCUCGCAGCAUCCACACUCUGACUGUGUGCAUCAUGCCGCUCUGGCAUCAACAACAAGACGAAUCCUCGCAAAGCCGCUUCACCUUUGUCGACUUCUUCCUCCCCGAAAGUCCCGUCAUCCAGGCCAUCAAAGCCGUCGACUGCCAAGUUCUCCACGUCGACAUUCUCACCCGACACGCGAGCAGGCGAUCCGCUCAAGUCACCGUCAAAGGCACCGGCUCGUGCCGUCUGACCAUCAACAGACGCCACGAACAGGCCAUGAACUAUUUCCAAGGCGAAAAUUCCGGUGCGAUGGGUGAUAAGGCGGUAAGGAGGCGCACGGUGGAGAUGGCGAAGAGGAGUGCUGAGGCGAUUGAUACUUUGGCGAAGCACAUUGAGGAGCAAUGUAAUCGGAGACACUUUGACCAGGAUACGACGAUGGAUAUGGAUGUUGAUUCGCCUGAUUGGCUGAAUGUUGAUCAGGAUGAUGAUCAAGAUGAU